GCUGCCGUGCCGCGGCCCUGCCGGAGCCGUGCCCCGCCGGGCGGUGUGCGGGCGGCCAUGGGCGGCAGGCGGUGAUUCCUGCCCUGCCCUGCCCUCCGCGCCGGCACGCAGCGGGGGCUGCCCUGCGCGGGCGGCAUGGAGGAGGAGAGCAUGGAGGAAGAGGGCGGCGGCGGCUGUGAGGCCAUGAUGGACGACCAGAACCACAACAACUGGGGGGCCGGCGGCUACGGGCGGCACCUGCUGGGCCCCGCCGCGCCGCCGCUCGGCGACAGCCUCCUGCGCGGCGGCGCCGGCGGGCUGGGCCCCGCCGGGCCCCCGGCCGCGCCGCAGCUCCCCGUGACGCCCGAGGCCAACGGCGUGCUGAGAAGCUGCGACCCCGGGGGUGCCGCGGGGAAGGGGGGUGCCGGCGCCAUCGCCGCCGCCAUCAACAUCAACGCCUCGACCUCCAAGUUCCUAAUGAAUGUUAUAACAAUUGAAGAUUAUAAGAGCACAUAUUGGCCAAAGCUGGACAGUGCCAUAGAUCAGCUUUUAACUCAGAGUCCUGGUGACUACAUCCCUAUCUCCUAUGAACAAAUAUACAGUUGUGUGUAUAAGUGUGUAUGCCAGCAGCAUUCGGAACAGAUGUAUAGUGACCUAAUAAAAAAGAUAACUAACCACUUAGAGAGAGUCUCAAAGGAGCUGCAGGCCAGCCCUCCAGAUCUCUAUAUUGAAAGAUUUAACAUAGCUCUUGGACAGUAUAUGGGAGCAUUGCAGAGCAUUGUGCCUCUUUUCAUAUAUAUGAAUAAAUUUUACAUAGAAACCAAGCUUAACAGAGACUUAAAAGAUGACCUUAUAAAGCUGUUUACGGACCAUGUUGCAGAAAAGCACAUUUACAACCUAAUGCCUUUACUUUUGGAAGCUCAGUCAACACCGUUUCAAAUAACUCCUUCAACCAUGGCAAAUAUUGUGAAAGGCCUGUAUACACUAAGACCAGAAUGGGUACAGAUGGCACCAGCUUUAUUUUCAAAAUUCAUCCCAAACAUUCUACCCCCUGCUGUGGAAUCUGAGCUUCAGGAAUAUGCUGCUCAAGACCAGAAACUUCAAAGAGAGCUUAUGCAGAAUGGAUUUACUAGGGGUGACCAAUCACGCAAGAGAGCUGGAGAAGAGUUAACUUACAAUGGCUCAUCAGCUUGUGCAAGCUCCAGGGGGUACAGAUAGUGAAUAUACUGGAUCAGCUUCUAAUCCUAGCCAGAACAGACACUGGAGGAGCACAGGUGGUAUCCGGAGCCUCCUUUGGCAACUGCUGAUACUCGAGCUCUGAUACGAACUAUGCCUCGAAGAAGAGUUUUGGACUUUCUUCUUUAUAUAAUAAAAUGUCAGUUGCUGCUACAAUUGGGAUGACUUUGAAAGACGUGAUUCCUUGGUCUAGUCUCUCAAUAAGUUCUUGUUCUGCAAUUUUAUGAGGAACACACCUUGAGAAACAAUCCUUUCAAAGUGGAAAUGGGCAGCCGAAAUCAGCAGCUUCCAAAAGUAUUAGAAUGGAAGAAUCUUUUUUGCACUCUUUUCUUAAUAUUAAGAACAUUCUUAAAACUAGUUAACACAUCAGUGUAUUAGUUUUUAAACUUUAAGGUAUUUUCUGGAGCUUUUACUUAAUAAUAAUAAAGUUUCAUUAUUUUGCAGUAUUUGUUCAUUAGUACAAAAAUGCUAUCACCUUUUAAGAGUUGGUCCCAUAUAAAUAUAUUUUCUGUCAGGGAGUUUUAAAUUUUUUUAGCCUGUUUUUUUGUAACUUCCUCUGUUUUAAAAUCUGUUUUCCUGUAUGUUUGUACUCUGUGCCUUCAGCUUGUGCACUUUGCAACUUUAUAGACCAUAUUUUGUUAUUGCAAAAUAUGUUCCUGAGGGAAAACUUCUGAUGUGAACAAACAUGCUGCAAAGUCACGCUUUUCUCUUACAUCAGUAGGAAAUGAAUUUAGGAAGCAAAGAUGAAAAGUUGAAUUUACGACUGUUGCUAACAGUGACUUGGUGGUUUGUCGCUUUUUAUUUUUCAUAUAUAUUGAUGUUUAAUACUGGGACCAACUCUUGUAGAAUCCCCCUCAUUAACUUUUCAUUGGCUUCCAUAAUUGCAAUAGAUUAAGAUGUGAAUUCUAGAUGGAAUGAAAUGCUAAGAUGUGUUUUAUACCGUGUUGUAUAAAAAAAAACUGUCAUAGCUAAAUUUUUUAGGAUGGAUUGUGGGUAAGAUUUUCCAGUCUAGUAGGUCUACAAAGUAUCUCCAUCAGCCCAAAGCAGACUUGCACCUCAUUGUCGGAGGAUGAUGGUACCUGUCCGAGAUCACUUUGUGGCUCCUGUGCCAUUUCUCUUGUUUAGGGGAUGUGAUGGGAAGGUGAUAGUAGAUGCAGUCAGGGUAUCACCACAUUGAAUUGCAAGAGACGCACAACAGAAAGAACAAGUUAUAAAUGUGGCGUAAUGCAUCCAUAUGUACCCGUCACCCUCCCUGCUUUCCAGUCUUGCAUGAACUCAGCUGGGAUGCAGUUGAGGAGACUGAGAUCGGUAGAUCUGGCCCUAUGGUCUGAAUCUCAAUCAUUAUGACAUAGGUUUUAAUCUGUAGUAUGGCUGAUGCAGCUCAUUUAUGAGGGGAGAAAUGUACUUGAAAGAGCAGCUUGACUACAGAUUUUUUAUUAACUGGUGACUAUGGAUUUAUUUUUUUUAUCAGCUUUAUUUACAAAGAGAAAUGAGCUUUCUGAAGUGAAGCAGAAGUUUAUUCAGUUUUGUCUCACAUAACUCUUAUGCCUGCAUUAAACACACACACACUCUCUCUCUCUCUCUCUCUCUCUCUCUCUCUCUCACUCACUCUUUAUGCUUGUAUGAGUUCAUUACAAAAUGCAGGAAAAAGACAAAAAAAAUAGAUGCGGCAGGGACAAAACUUCUUUCUACUUUGUAGCUUGACUUUGUGUAAAUGAAUUUAAUUCUAUCAGUUUCACAUCAAUCACUUAGGCAAUGCCUUCAGUUUGGAGGCUGGGAGGAAAAAGAAAGGGGGAGGGGGAUGAGAAUGAAAAGGAUACUGUUGUGAUCAACAGAGUCCAGUCUGAUUACCUAUAUAUUUCUUUGCAUAUUUGCAAAGCCUAUUUAAUUUUGGCAGUUUUUUUCUUUUUAAAUUAAAAAUUAAUACUUCAGUGGGUUUUUUCUUUGUAGAACAAUGGCAGCAAUCUGAUCUCAUACCUAUUAGUAGAAAACAGAACCACUCUUAGUAGGAAUUUUCAAAUAUUCUUAGUGUUUGUUCCAACUUUGUUCCAAGCUACUUCAGUAGAAGCAGAAUUAGGCUAAAACUGUGGGGCUUUAAAUCCAGCUCAACUCAAAGGAAAAGUUAAUGCUAACAGGGAAUAAAUACUGAUUUGCCAUCUUCUAUUUUUUUUUAGUCAUUUUUGGCUUUAAACAAAAAUGAAACCUCUGACAGUGUCCCUAGCUUUUUAAUUUAAUCUGUGUGCUGAGAUGACAAUAUUCUUGAGUUAAGAAUAGAUGCAGUAACCUAAUUUUGUUAAAGUUUGUUUACGACUUCAUUACAAUUCUAGUUCACAUAAUAGAGUAUACAAUCUUUGUCAGCUUUAUCAAGUGAUCACAAUUCUUUCUAUUUUUAAAAUGAUUUUACUAGUUUGAGUUUGUAAAUAAUGUGUAGGUCUUUUGUCACAUGUUUGAGGCAAGGGUUUUAACAUUCACUUUACACUGCAUUAUAUUUGGACACAAACUUCUAGAACAAUAAUGCCAUCAAAGGUAAAGCAUUCCUGUUAGUGUGGUUCACUUACCCACUAUGAAUAGUGCUUGAAUGCUUUUCAGUCAUAUGUAGCAUUUUCACUUGGCCAUGAAACACAAGACAUCUGUUUGUAAAGCGCUGUAUUAUGUUGUAAACUUGGCAUCAAACAUUCUGUAUUUUUUGGCAUUAUUAACAUAAUGCUGAAAGACUGUUUAUCUGUCUAAGAUUUUAUCAUUGUGACUGAGCAUGAAACAGUACAGCAUAAUAUACUAAAUUAUUUUCUCUAUAAACUUGCAUUUUACUUACAGUAAAACUAACUUGGCCAAUUUAAACAUUGGUGCUGUAAAGCCAUGACUACAAACAGCAUGAUCCUAAUUACACUAUUUGAUUUACCCCAAUGACCUGUGGUAAAUUUAUUGCAUCUGUAGCUUACUCUGUUAAGAUUAAGCAGUAAAGUUGGUUAUACAAUGGGUGUCCUCUUUAUGUUGCAUUGAUUCUAUAGCCAAACUUGCUACAUUAAAAUAUUUUUGGAUGAAUUUUAUUUCUUGCUUUUGAAAAUAUAAAUACUCAACAGUAUAAAUACAUUUCAACUUGUACUGCUGACUACCUUGUUUCUGGGAAAUUGUCACUGUGUGGCCAAGGUGAUCUUUGAUGCAGGAAGAUGAUGGACAUUCUAUGUAGAUAAGCACUCAACUCCUGCACAGUUGGAUCUCCUUGCUGCCUUUAUGCAGUUUUUGAGGAAGUGUUUAAAUGAAUACUUUUCUUGAAAGUUUUUUGACUCCUGUUGUUUGAUAGAAAUGUGAUCAGCAAGAUUCAUCCCUUUAGCAGAAUCACUUUGAAUAGAGUGCAGUGCUUAGUAUUUAUACCCAUUUUAAUUUUCCUAGACAUGAUUAUUUCCCUUGUGCAGGUAAAUAAAACCACAGAAGCAAUAUUUUGAGUGAUUAAAAAAUGUUUCUCAUGUAUGCUAUGACAAACCCAGUGAAAGAACUGUUCUGUAGAACUAUAGAAUAAAAAAACCUCCUGCUUG